AUGAACAUCGAGGUUGGGAACGUUUCAUAUACGAGAGCCAUCAUUUCCUGGUCUUCCUCAGAGCCCUGCCUGGAGGACUAUUAUCAUAUUAUGUAUAGGCCCAAUUGGAACAGCAUCUUCUCUGGCUAUCUUCGGUACAGCUUCCACCACGAGGAGAAGGUGCCUCGAACGAUCAGCUCCCUGGUGCUUGAACAUCUGGCUCCUUCCACUCUCUACUUCCUGUGUAUUAGCUGCAAGAAGGCUAUCUUCCCCUACAGGCACGACUGCACCAUGUUCCACACACUGGAUAAGAGACCACUGGCUUCUGGAAGCUCCUUGGUGGACCCCCAAAUCUCCCUUUGGGUGCUGAUGGCCAUUCUGAUGGCCUGUUUCACUGCCGUCUUAGCCUUCAUCUGCCUCCAGUUCUGGUGCAUUCGUUGCCAUGAGCCACGGUGGUCUUACAGAGCUGGCCACAUGGAAGAAGCCAACGGGUUGGUGAGAUGGCCAGAGGAGGCUCCAGUUCUUGGUCAGAGGGAAGGAGACCUGCAGGCGCUCCCCCUGGUGGAACUGCCACGCAAAAACUCCGGAGCAGCAGCUGAACCAGAAGUGGAAGCUGCCCAGGAUGCCCCAGAGGACAUGGGUGUCUUACAUAGGGAGAGUGGUGACCAACCUGCCACACUGCCUCGGUAUAGGGAAUAA